GCGGGACGGUCGCCUUUAGCGCGGUCUGGCUGCCGGUAACGCCGGGCUGGUGUUUCUAAGCGCGGGUCGGAGGCACGAAAAGGGGCCAGGGAGGCCGGGCUGGGUCUGCCUGGCCCUGUCUCUGCUGCCCAGAGGUGCCUGCAGAGGAGCAGAGCGGGCACCUGGCGUGCUUGGGUGUGAGUGACCGGCUGGGGCCUCUCGCAGCAGAGGUUAUUUGCAACAUCUCGAAGGAAAUCACGUUAUUUUAGAGCGGUUUACAGUGUUUCACCACUUAUCAGGAGCAUAUUCUUUAUAGAGAGAUGAGCCUAUGAAGUCACUGCAGGUACCAACAGUCCAAAGUCUGUUUCUUAAAUGAUUCAACCACUGCGUUGUAAGGAGAUGCAGAUCCUUCAGAUUCAUACCCAAAACUGCCUGACUGGGGUUUAAUUUUGCUUUUGUCUGAUUAAGUUUUUAAAUGAAAAUAGUGGGUUUUUUUUUAUUAGUUUGUUUUCUCACAGUUGCUACUCAUGCAAUUAACAUUUAAUAGUGUACAUAGAACAGGGAAAGACUAAUACAUGGACUUGCCAAUAGCUUUUUCUAAUCAUGCCUCUUCACUAAGAUCUCUGAGUAACUGUGUGUCACUGUAAGCCAUUUGUGUUAUUUAAAGUAAAAUGUCAUCUCAGCAACGUUAGUGCAGUCAAAUCAAUGCUGUCAACAACUUUGUGCUAAAUUAAGAAUCUCACUUUGUAAAAAUAUGCAUAGAAAUGUCCUUUGAUUUAGGAUAUUCUGGAGGCAUUUGAAACCACUUAAAUUUCACUUUCUUGGUCCUUAAACCUUACAGGCUUCAGCUGCCACCUGAGUUCUCAUCUCCAGCUCUUUCUUUCAUAUUCCAUCAUGUUUCUUCUCUCAUUCUGUUUGCAGCUCCAGCUGACUGUAGUUUUGAUUUCAAAGCCUAACUAAAGUGGUCAUGGAAAUUUGUGAUUUUUUUAUGGUUUUCCUUUCUGUCUUUUGUCCCUGGUCAGGCUCUCUCAAGGUUUUUAGAACUGUUUCCUGUUUAUUCAGAAAGCUGACUUUGUGAGGCAUUACCUUAAUUUGUUUUUUGAUGCUGUCAGAAAUAACUCAAAUAAAUAAUACAGUUAAGGGCUGAAAUUUGUAAUUUCUUGUGUAUGAAUAUGAUUGCUUUUUUUUACUCUUCAGGUUUGAGCUUUUCACUGUGCUUUCAUACCGUGUCUGAAACAAAUGUAGUCAUUGUCUGACAUUUUUUCCCCCUUCUUUGAAGUAAAUUUCUUAUAAAUAAGUCCCCUCACCUUUCAUUUCCUUUAAGGAUUUCUACUCAUGGUCAUCGCAUGUUAGACAUAAAUGUUUUUGUAAAUUCUUGUGCAAAUUAAUGGUAUAAUUUAAAUGUAGUAUGGUAGGAUCAGGGAAGCACAACCAAUAUCUUGUGGUGAAGGUAAAGGCUCUUAGUUCAUGUCCCAGUGGAGUUCUAAAUCUCUUCUGCCUUAAAAACUGUGCUGUAUUUUAUGAAUUUCUGCAUGAGAGAUCUGUUCAUUUCCCAUGUAGGAUGAUAGUUCAAGUUGAUCUUGAAUACAAGUAAAUGUGUUGAGAUAAUUUUACUUUAUUAGGUAUUAAUUCAGGAACAAAUUAAACUCAAAGAUAGGAACAAUAGCUAUAUAAAAUAUUCAGUGAUUUCUAAAGAAAUUUUAUGAGGUUUCAGGUCAUAAAUUUCCACCUUGAGUAGAAUUCCAAAUAGAUUCUGCAAAUGAAGGAGGAAUUCACUGUCUGAAGCAUCAGAUUUAUUCUUAACAUUGAAAAUGCAGAAGAGGGGAAAGGAUGGAGGAAGGUUCUUAGCUCCAUCAGGUGGGGGUUAGGUGAGGAACAUACUGUGAUAUUUUGGACUUGCCAGGUCAGCCAGUGCUGAGUUCUCAAAAAUACCACACUAAAGUGAACUGCAGAUCACUCCCUGCAGGCAUCUUCUUAUUCUCUAAUUUUAGAUUCUCUUCUGAAGGAAAUACUGCCCAAUGUUGGAAAAAAUGAGGACUCUUGGUAGCAUAUAUUGGGCUACCCCUAAACCUUUGUGGCUUUGGGAGCCAUGUGCAACUGGCAUGUAGAUGAUCUUCAGAAUUUCUUACUGGCUGGAAGACUGAGCUGUUUUCUUCUAUUGGUAACUUAGAAGACAAAUGCCUAAUUUCAUUUCUCUUACUGGAAAAAAAUCACUUCAAAGCUGAUUUGCAGUGACCAAGGAUAGUCACUGAAGACAUACAGCAUUUUUUGGAGCACUGAAUGUUCUCACAAUGAAGAUCUCUCUUCUGCAGCAGAUGUAUAAGGAUGUACUGGUAGGCAUUCCACUAGCAAAGGAAAGCCAUCAUUAUAGCUCUUUGCUUAAUCUGUGUGUUGAGCUGUCACCAGAAGGAGAUGAAGCAUGUCCUCCAAUACAUCUGCCAUCUACUAGUGGUGUUCUUAGGAGCCACCAGGAAACUGACAUGUCAGAAGUGGCUGUCCCUACAGCAGAUGAUAUAUCACAUAGCUUUGCAAACAUGAACCCCUCAUUCUGUCCACGAGAAGUGAUGCUGCUUCAGUUAACCUUGAUCAAGAUGAUGGUUGAUAAAGCAGAGACCCAGGAAAUUGAAUUCAGUAUGAGGCAGAAGUACUGUGAAAUCUUUAUCCUCCUUCUGAAGGAGGCAAAAAUUGACUCAAAAUUGAUUUGCCUGCUCUGUAGCUAUGAUCAGCUGUUGUCUCAUAUGGCUUCGAAAAGUUUAGCAUCUCUUGUGUAUUUCCAGCUGAAGGAAGAGAACACGUUAAAUGUCACCUGGCUCGACUUCAGUUUGAAGACUCUUUCAGAAUUCCCUGUAAAAGCCCGGGUAGCAGGAUGUCUGUGGACUCUUACAACUAUUAUCAAGGACAUACUGAAAGACCAAGUUUUACCCAAAGCAGGUAUUUUGCAGAAGUUGUUGGCUCCUCUUGAUGCUGUCCUUGAAGGAUUUUAUAAUUUCAUUCUGUUCCAUCGUUUUGACAGUCACCACUAUACUUCACCUUAUUCUGAAGCUGCAAACAAUUUGAUCAGUUUUGUAGAUCUACUUGAAGAACUUUUGGCUUCCAGAAUUGAAUUAGAAAUACCUCUUAGGUGCCAGAGAGUAUUGUUUUUGAAAAUUUCUUAUGUUCUGAACCUCAUUAGCUCAUCAGUUCACUAUUUAAUCAAGAAGAAGUUCAUUAUGUUCCUUAAAAAAUGUGUCCUUUGCAAGUCUAGAGAAGAUGCUAAAAGUGGAUCACUGCUCUCACAAAACCCACCUUUACAUGAAGAUAUGCUGGAGCUGAGUAAUGCUGUUCUGGAAGUGAUGAAUUUGACUUGGCUCAAUCAGAUCCCACUGGGUGGAAAGACCAGCUGCUUCGGGGGCGGGGAUGCUCCUCCUGGAGGUGAUGCUCAGCGUGGGUCUGACCAAACUGUUCUCAGAGCCUUAAGUCUGGUUGUGCUUAAAGCACUGGAAUUCAAGUUUCAGAACUCUGCUGCAGAAGCUGAAAUCAAAGGAGACUUUCAGAGUUCCAUGUCCCAUCUGUUGGUGUUCUGGAGAAGUCAUCUGAAGUCUUCCCCACAGUCUCACCCCAUUGUACAUCACUGUGAAUGGCUCUCCUUGGUUUUCAUAGAGCAAGAUGAUGAUAUGUGGGAAGCUGCUAAAGCUUUGCUACUCAUUUAUUUAAAUAUUAAUAGGUUACAGCAGGAUGUUGCUGAUAACUUAAGACAAAAAGAAGAAACCUGGAGCUUCCUUACACAUGCAGGUGGAUAUAAUCCUCACUGUAUCUUUUUGUUUUUUCUAGAAAAAAUUGCAUUUGAUUCCACAGUACUUCUAGAUUUUUUGAUUUCCUCAGAAACUUGCUUUCUGGAGUACUUGGUGAGGUACUUAAAGCUUCUUAGAAAAGACUGGCAUCAGUUUGUAAGUGUCUGUGACCGUUUUGAUACCAAGCAUGGCACAUCUCAAUCAAUUCCUUCUGUCAAGCCAACCUAUCAAGAAAAGCAAAGCUGUGUGACUGGUGAGAGUUUGCAAAAUGCAUGUGAACAAGAACCACAGACUCUGGAAUCUUUGGCUUCUUCUCAGAACUGCUUAGUGUUUAGAAUAGAACAGGGUGAUAACGAAAUUGCAGAGUCUAACCAGUCUAACUCAUUGAUAUGCACUGAUAAUACUUCUCUGCCGGGAUCUCUUCAAAGCCUUGUUAAUUAUGACAGCUCAGAAGACUCUGAAUUUGAAUCAGAUGGAGAGAAGUGCUUGGUAAACACAAAGCAGGUGCCUUUAAAUAAUCAAGGUGAAGCAAGGAUGAAGGAAACUGGUUGCAGCUACACAGACGAUAAAAGGAAUACAGUCAAGUCUGAGCUGUUGCCCCUGAAACAAAAAGCAUCUCAUACCUCAUCCUGUUUGACUUGUGUGGUCUCUUCAGAUAACAUUGCUCCCCUAAGAAUAAUGCUUUACAAAUCAACAAAAUGUUUGGAAGAACUGCAAGAAGCUAUUUCUAGAUUGCAGAGAAGAAAUCUUUUCCCAUAUAAUCCAUCUGCAUUGUUGAAACUACUGAGCCAUAUUGAGAAGAUCAGUAAGAACCCGAAUCCCCAGUGAUCCAAAGAAGUGUUGUAGUGAGUUUUUUAACUAGUACCCUGGAGAACUUUUCUCUGAGAUUGACUUCCAAAGCUUGUGCCUCUUGCAUUUGUCAGUGUAUUUAAGCUGAAACAGGAUGAAUAUGUUUUUGGUUGACACCUUAAAAGUCUGCAGUUGUAUUCAUUGAUAUGACCUUAGGGUCCUGGGCUUAUUCAUGGUAUGUAUGUCAUUGCAUUUAUCUAAGGAUUAUUGUUAGGUAUUCAGAAUUUGAUAAUAAAUGACUAAUGUGAAAGCUUAUCAACAAUCUAUGGUACUUAAAGUAUUGUCAGUUACACUUAAUGUAAUUACCAGAUUGGCAGAGAUUCAUGGCCUACAAUGCAGUUAAUGCAACACUUGAUUGCUUAGAGGUUGAGCUAAAUAAAAUAUUUUAGUUUGGGGCAGUUUUGGUGAUGCUCUAAGUGGACAUUCAGAUGUGCUCUACCACUAUCACAAUAAUCCAGGCUCUGCUUUUCUUGGCUGAAGUGCUUAACU